GGUCGCGUAAGUCGCGUUUGCGCCAUGACGCGUCCUACGCGUCUGUCACGUUAAAAAUAGAAUAUUUAUAUUUCAUUUAAGUAUAUGAGAACUGUCUGAUGCAAGUGACGUCACCAUAAUCGCAGCACUGGAUUGUUGAAUUAGGCGACCGCUGGCGAUAAGCUGGUGGCAGGAACCGGAUAUGGGAGAACGGGAAGGUUGUGCCGCGGGUCGCAUGUGGAGGUCGGCUUGCGCGGCUUUGAAUGCGCCUGAUGCUGAAGAAGCGUGGCAACAAAUUGUAGACGCUUCGCCGCCUGAUGGCCUUUGGCAUUCACUAAGGAACUGCGUCGCUUAUCAGGCUGGCGUAUGGCAGAACCUCCUGUUGAAAGAAAUGGAGGAGGUGACGUACCCAGCAGCAUUUAAGCUGGGAAUAGUGUUGAGGCAUACGCCUUCAGAGAUUGCAGUCAGAUUACUAGCGGAUAUGCUACAGGCGCAUCCACAGUCGCAAACACUAACUUCAUACGUACUCGCGUUGCUAACGGAUGAUGAGGCACAGUGGUGUGGCAGCUGCGGGGCGGGAUCGCCAGGUGGCAGCGACGGUGCAGAGGGAUCGGGGAGCGCACCGCUGCGGGAUCUGCGUCUGUUCGGGGAUUGCGAGCUGGCGGUCUUGGCUGCCUCGCGCGAGGAGUAUGACGCGCAUGCCAAGCUUGUACGUGCCGAGUACUCACAACUGACGCACAACAACUACGUCGAACUAAGGAUCAAAGUGUUGAACCAGUUUUCUCAAAUCCCAAAAUUGUUUCACUCUCCGGAAUUCCAAUGUUUCGAAGCCGCAGCUCGGGAGAACAUAGAACGUGAAAUUUGCACACUUAGAGAACAUCUCCUCACCGGGAGAAGAGAAUAGGGCCACGUGCUCGCAGUAUUUGCUAGUAUUAAAAAGAUGUAAGAAUUAAAUAAAAUUAUGCCACAAAGACUUCAAAUCACUUAUUAUAUGAUUUGAAAAUGGCUACAAAAUUUUAUUAAACUAAAAAACUUAUCAUGACGUCUUAAAUGCGUUGCAAAUAUCGCUAUAAGUUAAUUACUGUAAUAUGAUCUGAAACAUUUAAUCAAUCACAGGCAAACGUAUUUUAAUUCAGGAUCUGAUUACAGGACAGGAUAGGAUACCUUUGUACAUAGAUAAUCAAAAUUCAAGACCAUCAGACAUUUAAUCAAAAAUAAUUACAUGUACCUACACAAAUUUAUAUUAUUAUGAAGUAGUAGUUACUGUAUCUACAUUGAGAUGGUUGAAAAUCAUAAAUUCAUUUAUAAGUUCAAAUAAAAGAUAAACAGCUUUAUAUUUGUAAUAAAAUGAGUAUAUAAAAAAGUUUUAUUUUAAACAGCUUGUUUAAUGUGGUAUGCACCUUUAUAAUAGACAUUAUCUGAAGAUUUGUAAAUGCAGUAUUAAUAAAAAGACAACUUGGUCUAAGGAAAGUUAUAGCGCUUAUUUCGGUAAGAAAAAAAAAUAAAUUGCGAAUAUGAAAUUUAAUUAUAUCCGAGUGACUGUAUGUAGGUCUAUGUUUAAGAAAAUUAUUUUAAUGAUAGAUAUAUUUUCAUUACGAUUAUCUAUAUAAGUAGGUACAAUUAACAGCACGUCAGGUAAAACAAAGUGUCAAAUUUUCCUACUUAAUUUUAAACCUCAAUGCUUUGAGUGUAUAAGUUCAUAUUGUAUUGUGGAAAUUUAACAUAUUAUGGUACCUGACGUGCAGCCGUGAAUACCUACAUAUUAUAUUGAUAUUUCUCGUAUUUAAUUGUGAUAUUGUGUUGCCUAUUUAUUAAUAAAUUAGCCAGCUUAUUUAGAUAAUAAAAGUUGACAAAGUCAUGGAUAAUAAUGAGUACGAAAUAUAAAAAAAAAUUUAAAUCACUCUGAAUGACAUUUGUGUAAUUACUGCAAAGAAAAGCGUUUUAACUUUAAUUCAUUUUUGAAUAAAAGUUAUUUCCAGUACCAAGUUAUUUUUCAUUUAUUAAUUGCGGUAAACUGGAAUCAAUAUUCAAUUACGUAAAACAGGUAGGUAUUAGACGGUUUAUCAAAAGCCAUUAAUUUUCGAUGAUCACUGAAUGACUUUUUAUUUCGACACUAUCUUUCCCUCGUCUUCGCCCGUGUAAAUGAUACCUAUUUUGUUAGCUUUCCAUCAGGGGCAUCGCCCGCGUAGUCUGUAGGGAACUAUUUAGUGGCAUAAAAUGGAGCUGUUAUGAUAUGAAAUUUUCCUAAGCAAAUAUGGUUAUAAAUCGCCAUCUACAGAUAUUUAUAAUACAGCUUGUUUUUGAAAAUUAAAAAGAAGAUGGAAUUAGUGGUGGUAUUUAACCCAUAACAAGUAUAAAAUAAUCAAAUUGUUCUUAACAUAUAUACACUUUUGCAGUGCUAUUAAUAAAUAACGUUUAGUGUCAUUGUAAAGGACAUCGCCGAAAAUGGCUUCAAUAACAUUAAAUAUUAAUACUAUAUUAAUAAUUACUAAUUUAUUUAUUAAAUUGGAAUCAAAUAUUUAUUUGACACGGACAAGCGAUCCAAAAUUAAUAUUUAAAAGUACUUUAACAGUAACAUUUUUAUUCGCAAAUAUUCACAUUCAAUAUACUUAAAUUCUAUUGAGUCAGAUGGAUGUAAUUUACACGUCAAAUCAAGAAGAUCAUUUAUUUUUAUUAGAUAACCUUUAAAUCAUCGAACACAAAAACAUUAAAUUGACCGAAAAUAAACUUAAAUUUACUAAAAGCGCCAUCUCUUGGUGAUUUUCCAACUAAAACAUAAGGACAUAAAAACUGAAUAUUAUACAAACUAAAUUCAUUAACUGUUGAUAAUUCACUCUUGUUUAUUCAAAGAUUGAUAUUCAUAUGAAAUAUCCUAAAUACUACUUUGUUUCUAUUACAUAACCUUUAUAUUUCUCAUAAACAUAUUAACAUCAUGUCAUUUAUGUGUUUAAGGCGCCAUCUUUUGAUGUAAACCAUCAAAAAGCUAUAGGUUUUCUAAUUUUAAG